AUUUUUAUGACGUGUUCAUAUGACGUUUGUGUUCGCCAUGUAUAAUAUGCAACAGACUACAUUUGGUUCAAGCAAUGAAUAUAUUUGUUCCACUGUUGUUUUUACAUCAGCGCGUUUGCAAUAAAGUGCCAAAAUCAGCUGAAAAGUCAAAAAUGGGCAAACGGUUUCAGAUUUUAUUUAAAUUUUGACUGAAAUGGCUGCAAAACGUAGAAUUGCUUUUGAUCUAAAUGAAUUUAAAAAAAAAUAUUGUCUAUUACAAAAUAUUCCAAAUGUAUUCGCUUACAACUUAAAUGUAUCUGAAAGCAAGUAUUUGCCUGGAACAUGCAAAUUUUACGCGGAACUUAAUCCAGAACGUACGCAACUGCGAAGGCACCCUCAAACCAUUUCCUCAUUGAGACCAAAGUUUGAUGAAAAUAUGUUUAAUUUCAAGAAAAUAAAUCCCAAUGAGCAGUUAAUGCAAAUUACAUAUAAUGAUAUCAAAGUGGAUAUGAUAAUCAACAGAAGUCCACUAACUCCAUUUCAUACAUUAAUUAUUCCUGAUCUAAAUGGAGAACAUGCACAACACAUUACUAUAGUGAGUUUAAACUUUAGCAUCAGACUAUUGCUUGAUCUACAAGAAACAACUUUUCGCAUUGGUUAUAACAGUCCAGGAGCAUUAGCGUCAGUUAAUCACUUGCAUUUGCAUUUAAUUAACUUAGAUAAAGUCUUAUACAUAGACAUAGCAGAACUGGAACUAAUAAGCGAGGACUACAUUUAUAGGCUUCAUCCUCAUAUGCCUACAGAAGCGAUUUGUUUUGUUGUGGACAAGAGUGAUAGUGAAAUAUUAUUAGACGUUAAAAUAAAACAGAUUUAUGAUUUUGUAAUGUGGCUAUGUGAAAAUAAUUUUCCGCAUAAUAUUUUUAUGACUAAAUGCAUUAAUAGCAUCAAUAAACUAAAAAUAUUUAUUUACUACAGACAAGAAUUCUGCGUUAUUAAGGAUUUGAGUUAUUAUAACAUUGCUUUCUGUGAACUCUCUGGAUACGUGCCUGUUGGUGAUAAAAGCUUAUUCGAUAAGCUGACUGAGAAAGAUGUCAUUGAAAGAAUUCAGAAUGAAAGUGGGAAAAUUUCUAAAAAUAUUUAUGAUUACUUUAAUAAAAAAAUGUAAAC